AUGGCCGCCACCACCACUGCGAGGGAUGCCUCAAAGUCGGCCAAGAAGCGCACUUCCAAGGCUCAGCCUUCUUCCUCGGGACCAUCACCGUCGUCCAGUCGCAAAGCCCCAUCAAAGCGACGUGCCAACUCGACAUGGCGUCUGCUCUCCUGGACGUGCUCGGCUGCACUCUUCCUCCUCGCCUACCUCACCUACAAGAACGACGGCCAACUACCCACCCAUCUCCUCAGGCGCAACUCGCGCCACGCACACCCGCCACCCACACAUCAACAGCAUCCUUUCUCACCGCCGCCAUCGAGAUCAGAUGCCUCGAGCGAUUGGAACAAGCAAGCACACCUGAAGCCGCCCACCGACAAGAGGGCGCCCUCGCUCGCAUACCCGCUCCCGCCCACACGGCCUCUUCCCGAACAGCCGCUGCGCGCUGCGGACAAGGAACGGCAAGCCGCCGUGCUCGCGGCUUUCAACCACUCUUGGUCGGCAUACAGGCGCGAUGCGUGGGGCUAUGACGAAUACCAUCCGAUCAGCCAGCACGGCUCGAACCUCAGCGGCAAGAAGGGCCAGGGCAUCGGCUACACCAUCGUCGAUACCCUCGACACGCUCAUCCUCCUCGGCCUCAAGGACGAGUACGAAGAGGCGCGCGACUGGGUGCAGAACGAGCUCAGCUGGGACGUGCCUGGCAGGAUGAACGUUUUUGAAACGACCAUUCGCACCCUCGGCGGCCUUCUCUCUGCCGCCGCCCUCAUCCGAGAUCCGCCUCACCCUGCCUUUGCGCCCAGCGAGGACGACGCCCAGAUGUUCAUCGCCCGAGCUGCGGAGCUGGCCGACCGCUUGAAGCCGGCAUUCGACACGCCCACGGGAGUGCCGUGGCGGGAGGUCGACCUCGAAACGGGCGAGGCUUUCCCGGACCUGAACAACAACAAUUCGUCCAGCCUGGCCGAGGCCACCACAAUCCAACUUGAGUUCAAGUAUCUCGCGCACCUUACGGGCGACAUCGAGUACUGGCGCAUCGCAGAGCGACCCAUGGAGGUGGUGCGCAAAGCCACCGCCAUGCUCUCGCAUCUCCAAGGCCUGCUGCCCAUCUUCCUCAACCCGCUCAACGGCCACUUUUACAACGGCGAGAUCCGCCUCGGCUCGCGUGGAGACUCGUACUACGAGUACCUCGUCAAGCAGUGGCUCCAGACCGGACGCACCGAGCAGGUGUACCGACACAUGUACGACGGUGCGCUGCGCGGCAUCAAGCAGCUGCUCACCAAGCCCUCGGUGCACUCGCGUCCGCCGCUCAUGUUUACCGCCGAGCUCGCGCCCAGGCGCGCCAUGGACGGCAGGCCGUACAUGCAGCUCGUGCCCAAGCAGGACCAUCUCGUCUGCUUCCUUGGCGGCGCCAUGAUGCUCGGCUCCACGUCGGACGUCGACAUCUUUGGCGACGUUGCGAAGUGGCCGCUGCCGCCCAUCUCGGAUGUGGGCAAGGGCGACGAGACGGAUAAAGAGGACUGGCGGCUGGGUCACGAGUUUGUGCGCACCUGCAUGGACACCUACUCCAAGACAAAGACGGGUCUUUCGCCCGAGAUUGCCUUUUUCAAGACGCCGCAGGACGCCAAGAUGAGCGACGCGCAGAUGAUCGCGGCCAACCGCGCGCCGCUGCCCAAGAACGUCGACUGGUACAUCAAGAAGCCGCCGCCGUCCUACCAGGGUCGGCCAAACCCGCUCAUCGAUGCGCGUAACAUCCUGCGGCCCGAGACGGUCGAGUCGCUCUUUGUCGCCUUCUCGCUCACCGGCGAUGAAAUCUACCGCGACUGGGGCUGGCAGAUCUUUGAGGCGUUUGAGCGCCACUGCAAGGUGGAGAGCGGCGGCUAUUCGAGCAUCGACGAUGUGGAUGCCGACGAGCCCAGGCAGGUGGACAAGAUGGAGACGUUCUGGCUCUCCGAGACGCUCAAGUAUCUCUAUCUGCUGUUUUCGGACCGAGAUCUGCUGCCGCUCAACAAGUGGGUGCUCAACACCGAGGCGCAUCCGCUGCCGGUGUUCGAGCCGACCUUUCCAACCGGCUUCAAGUAG